AUCAACACAACCCAAAAAAAAUCACCAUGAAAUUCCUGAUUGUCUUCGUCGCCCUCUUCGCCCUGGCCGUGGCCGCCCCCCCUGCUGAGAUCCUGCGGUCGGAGUCUGACGUCGGACCCGAGAGCUUCCAAUACGCCUAUGAGACCAGCGAUGGUGUCAAGGCUGAAUCUCAGGGACAACUGAAAAACGUUGGAACCGAGGAUGAGGCCAUCGCAGUCCGCGGCUCUUACUCCUUCGUGGCUGAUGAUGGUCAGACCUACACCGUUACUUACGUCGCCGAUGAGAACGGAUUCCAGCCCCAGGGUGACCAUCUGCCCGUUGCCCCAUUGCCCCAGUAAGUGCAGUCGCUACCAGCAACUGUAGUCCCUCCGUCAAUCCUUCAAAAUCCUUUGUUAUUUCCCCACACUUUCCUGAAAUCGAUGACACAUUUCGAUGGUAAGGAAAAAUUUCCUAAGUAAAAAAAAAAUAGUUUGUUGAAUAUAUGAAAAAUGAAUAAGAAA